GCAGAAGAAAUCCCCCCCAAGCGUAUGCCAAUCUGCACCAGAAGAUGAGGAUCGAGGACUGAAGUAUGGAUUCAUAUCCAUAAGCCUCAGGCAAAUCCAGGAGGGGGCACUACAGGUAGUCGCUGACGAUGUGGAAUGGCGCGCUCGGCGCAGCGGAUGAUGAUGAUGGGUUAUCCAGUGUCCUUGUCCUUGGUACUCUUGUUCUGCUUGGUAUGGGCUCAAGGGCUUGCUGCGACUAUCGGUCUGGCUGAAGGGCACGACGACAGGUCUCCCAAGGGUGGGGAGAGAGCGACGUCGAGGAGCCGGGAUCGGGAUGGCUGCGGCAAGCAGGCUGCGGAUGAUGGAUCAUCGCAGUUUUCUCAUAAUGACAAUGGGUAUGCAGAAAGGGCACGGGAGGAAUUCUCAGAGGAACUUCUCUUACGUCCGUUGGUUGAUGGGAAGGUGCUUGCACACUUCCUGUUCACUCAUAAAUUGCCACGUGGCAACAACCAUCAUCAUCGCAUCUUUCCCAAAGCGAUGGAUCAACUGGUGCGUAAGUUUUCGGUGAGGGAAAUGGAUCUAUCCUUCACCCAAGGGAGGUGGGACUACGGAAGAUGGGGCUCCGUGGGAAGUGUGACGGCCGCGGCUGCACGACCUAAGGGACUGGCUCUCUGGGCAUGGAUGUCAACACCUGCUCCAGAGGUGGAUCUUACAUGGCGUAAUCUAACACAUGCUCUAUCAGGGCUAUUCUGUGCUUCCAUAAACUUUCUUGAGCACACGGCUACGAUCGCAUCGCCGACUUUGCUCUUCCGGCCAGACCUCCACGGAGAAGGCAACGGUACACACAGGCGUGAAGGAAACGGGAGGAGUGUGGCUGCAUCGGAGAGUGCUGGCAGAGUCAGCGGGGAGGAACGGGGGGCAUGUGUAAAUCAAAGAGGAGAUCGGAGCGAAAUGCAGUGCUCACAGAUAAGAGGAAAAGAGCAGGGAUCUCGGAAAGGCGGUAGGGCGGAGGAAAGUUGCGAUAUCCCUGUGCGGUAUGGGGCAUUGCCAAGGGAGAGUGUCUGCACAGAGAACCUCACGCCAUGGCUGAAGCUUCUUCCUUGUAGAGACAAGGCGGGUCUAGCAUCUCUGCUAGACAGACCAUCGAUUUACAGGGGUUAUUAUCAUUCCCUACGUGUCCAUGUGCGUGCGGAAGAAGGGGAGGAUAUCCCUACGGGUGCAGGCUACAAGGGCAGGGCAAUUGUUGUCGAACAGUCGCUUACGCUUGUACUCAAGCCUGGUCUGCCUAAAGGGGUCAAUAAUCAAGACUCAUGGGGGUUAGAUGGAGGGGAAGACAGGGCAGUCUUCCAGCGGGACUGGUCACUGUCGUCCUUGUUUGGAAGGAACAUCGGCGGGCCGUGUCCUGUAGCCAAGGAGAGCAGGGUCUUUUUGGAGGUGGAUGACGGACUUCGGAGGGCUUUCCUAAUCGGGAAAGGUGACGGCAGGGAGGAUGGCAACCCAGUUGGUUUGCGGCAGUGGGAAGGUGCAGGGAAUCUGGUCAACAACUCAGUUUAUGAGGUCCAUCCGAGACCAAGUGCCAUCAAGGAGAUCUCGAGGAGUCGUUCCCUAGAGAAACCGGUCUCCAGGUGUGGCUCCGGGAGUUCGUCUGAGGAACGCAGCAUGGUCGCCAAUGGUGAGCCAACUGAGGGAGAGGAGAGUAUGCCGCCUGUGGAGUCCCCAUCAGCCUGUGCCGCCGAUCCUGCUGAUGGACGAGCAACCGGCCGAGGGUCCUCUGUUCUGCAGUACGAUUUGAAGAGACCUGAUGAUAAUUCCAAGAUGGCCUUGCCGUUCGACCUGUCCUUCCGCUGGCGGAGGCCCAUGGCCUGGUUGCCACCGGGUUCGCCGAUAUCUGUCAGCAGCUUCGUUACUGGUUACGGAAAUGAUAGGGGAGGUAUCUCAACUGUUUUUCGCAUUUCCGACAGUGAAGGAGGGCUUUUGCGAAAUGACCUUGUCGAGUGUGCGACUGGAUGGAGUGGGGACGAAGGGCGUCGUUUUCAAGAUGCUGACAUUGUGCUGGAGUCGUCGAAGGGCGAAGCCACUGGAUUGAGGCGCCGGGAUCAGUCAAGUAGAGAAGGAGUGUAUGUGACAGUUUUCCAGAUGGUCCCGUGGUAUAUCCGGUUAUACAUUCACACGCUCUCCGUUGAAGUCAAUGGCCAUCUGGUUCCAUUGAAGAAAGUCCUGAACCUGGCUCGCUUUGUCCCGGCUGAAGACAGGCUAUCCCCCUGGGUGAUGGAACUUCGGCUGCGGCUGCCUGUCGGAACGAAGACAAUGUCAAUCUCACUAGAGUUCGACAAGGGCUUUCUGCGUAUCGACGAGCACCCACCAGAUGCCAGCCGUGGACUCGACCUCCCAUCGGCGGUUGUUGCAUUUGAAAGAGUCGCAAGCUGCCAUUCUGGACAGGCCAGGAGAGCAACGCCGCUUUGUGAGGCAUUUGUUCACGGUAUGGACGCUUUAGAGGCCAACACAGGAGCUGAAACCUCUCCUCUGCUCCAGAACCUUCAGGCUGAAUCGGCAGUGCACAUUUACACCGAGAGUCUGUUGGUGCCGCUUGCUAUACCAGAUUUCAGCAUGCCAUACAAUGUCAUCACACUGACUUGCACUGCAAUCGCAGUUUUCUUCGGAUCCAUGUUUAAUGCACUUAAGCGGCGAUACAGUGAGGUUCCACGAAGAGUGAACUUAAGGACAGCCAUUGCUGGCCGGCUAAGCGUGCUUCGGCGCAGGUUGUUAAUGGGAAAGGGAGCUGCCGCUGAGGCUGGGAAAAAAGUUCCGUCAAUGGUGGCAGAGUCCCAGACAGCUGCUGUUUUUUCUCGAUGGAGCUUGAUCCUCGGCAAGGUGCGGAAGAUUAUCUUGGUUGCUCUGUUCAUCUGUUUUGCCGGUUAUUAUUUACUUGACUCAGAGAAAUAGACCUCUUUUUUCUUAGACCUUUUUUUUUGUACGUUGUUGAUUGAGUAGAUUCUUUUUUUUUUUUUCUUUUUUUUUUUGUGAUCGAGUAGAUUCUAUGGUUUAGGGUUUAGGGUUUAGGGUUUAAACUUUCGAGCCAUCUCCUCUGGCAUCUGGUGGAAUUGGUAAAGAGAGGCUGGGCUGGUCGUGCACGGAGGCUUUCACAAACUGCCAUGACCUUGAUGCAGUCAUGGGCAUGGGUGUGACUGCAGCGUACCACUCCAUAGAAUU